GUUUGUGGUAUUAAUGUGGCAUAAGAGGUAUGAAACCUUUCCAGGGCACUGUAUGUGGGCUCUAAUGUCCGCCCCCUGUGGUGUAUGGCCAACAAUCAAAGUAGAGUAUUAAAUUAUAGACCGAUGAAUGAAACUCUGGGUUGAAAGCAGAUGAACCAAAAAUGUAAGCAUGUGUAUACUGACAUGUCUCAAUGGGCUUAAGCACAGGAACUCAAAAAAUCCCUGCAGGACAACUAAGGCUUAUACUCACUUGGUUAAUAAAUAAGGACUGAGUAGGAUUUAAAUAAACAAAUAAAUAAGUACAGCACUGAUAGACCAAUGUACUAUAGUAUGACUCAAGUAAUUCUUCCCGUUUAUUGCAGAGUAGCUCAAAGUAAAACAAGAAUUAAACAAUAAAGCAAAUAAUUCAGUGAAUAUUUGCUGAAAGACAAAAACCCUAUGUCUGGCUUUACAUUGCCAACCGUCAUCAGAGCUUUCUCUUUAAUUCCCUUUCUCACUCUGCACACAAAGUCUGUUUGAUUGAGCACCGUUUUCCCCUCUGGUGCGCUCAGCACAACUCCCCUUCUUCCCUUCCCCUCCUCACACACGUUUGUGCUCACACACAAUUGUCUGCAUGCGGUGGCUUGAACGUCAUGGGAAGCACUUGCAUGGUUGUUACUGCUCAUCUGGAUUCCUGAGGAUCCUUUAGUCUGAGUGUCCCCUUCCUUACAGUGUGAGGGGGACGGGUUUCCCAACGAUUACGGAUCCAGGGACUCGAUCAUCAGAGCCAAUGCAAAGAAAGAGUGGAAGAGACGAAGGCGUGGGCAGAUAAAGACUUCUGGCAGCUGCAGCAGCUGGGAUCGAGGCCCCGUCAGAGCUCAGAGUGGUACAGAGAGGCAGCAGGCUGACUUUGGACUGAGUGGCGGUGCAGCAAUGCGCUGUUCAACCCUACUUGCGAUCUUCACAGGAGUGCUUCUUUACUUGGUGCUCGGAGCUCUGGUGUUCCGCGCCCUGGAGGCUCCUCUGGAAGAAAAAGAGCAUACACAGCUGAUAAAGGACACGAUGGAUUUCCUGUUUAACCACUCCUGUGUUGACAUUCACGACCUGAAAAAAUAUGUAGAGAAGGUGCUUGGUGCUGAGGGUGCAGGAGUGAGUGCUAAAGCUGCUAUAGCAAAUGAGACCUUUGCCACCAACUGGGAUGUAGCCAGUGCCCUUUUUUUCUCAGGGACAAUCAUAACGACCAUUGGCUAUGGAAACAUAUCCCCAAAGUCAAAUGGAGGGAAGCUCUUCUGCAUCUUUUACGCACUGGUGGGAAUCCCAAUGUUUGGUAUCCUGCUUGCUGGGGUUGGUGACCAUCUUGGUACUGCACUGAGGAAUACUGUUGCCAAAAUAGAGAAACUCUUUCUGAAAUGGCACGUCAGUCCGACCAUUGUGCGUGUGAUCUCAGCAGUCCUGUCCAUCCUGCUGGGUUGCUUGCUUUUUGUUGCUGUGCCAAUUUUUGUUUUUCAAAAGGUGGAGGACUGGACCCUUCUGGAAUCGGCCUACUUUGUGGUUAUCACACUGACCACGGUGGGCUUUGGUGACUAUGUUGCAGGGGAAAGUGAAUAUGUGAGCAGUAUAGGAAACAACAAUUUCUCGGAGUACUGGUAUAAGCCUUUGGUGUGGUUCUGGAUUCUCCUGGGUCUUGCAUACUUUGCUUCCAUCCUGGCUAUGAUCGGUAACUGGCUCCGGGUUCUAUCAAAGAAGACCAGGGCUGAGAUGGAGGAACUGAGAGCCCAUGCCACUGACUGGACUCAGAACAUCCAGAACAUGUCAGUGGACUUUCGUAUUCCAGGAAACUUAGAUGACCACUUCAAGCACCGCCGGCGAAAGCGUCGCCAUCGCAGCCAUGGUCACAGCCACUCAGCUAAUGGGGCCCCAGGAAAAAAAGAAGCGCAGAAUGAGAGUCAGACCGAAUCUGGGUCAUACUCUUCCUCCUAUUCUUCUUCUGAAUCAGAAUCCGGAUCAGAAACAGAAACUGACUCUCAGGCCACGCAGACCGACCGGGUUCCCGCAACAGAGGCUCCUCCAGAGUCCGUCCUGCCACAGCCUCUGGACUACUUGGCGGAGAACCUUGCCUUCAUUGACGAGUCCUCAGAUGCUCAGAGUGGCAACCUGCAUUUGGAACCCGUGCUGGAGUCGAAACAACCCAACUCUCGUCGGGCAAAGAGGAGACGCCACAGACGGCCUACUCAUAGAAAAAGUUCUAAAACUAACUACUCCAACAAUAACAAAAAGCAGCCCAAUGGAAACACAACACCUGUUCCAGAUCUUCCAAAGAAGCCUCUCGACUGAGAGUACUACCACCUUGUGAGACUUUAAAUAUAACUGCUGACAGAGGAGUUCUCAGUGUAGCAGUAACUUUUUUGCGAAUGAUGGCUAUAUACAGUCAGCUAAGAUGAAGGCACAACGCUGAUGCCUUAUCAACCUUUGUGUGGUUUGCUAUAUAACUUUUCUCUUUGCAUGUGAGUGCAUAUGCGGCAGUCAAAGCAGAUGAACAGAUGUUAAUGCCAGAAGUUCGACAACUAUGUGAGGAGUGACUGCUCUCUACUGUUCCAAAACGGUAUUGCGCUACCACUGUGUCAAAAUGAAGUACUUUUUUACUAAUCCAGGUACUGCAACCAAAUUUGUGUGACCAGAAACUUGCUACAUCAGCCUGACGCUCAAUUUCGAGAAAGUUUGCUCUUACCUGAGACUAUUAUCCUUGAAUCAUGCCAACAAUCAAACAGGUUUACUUUUUGGUACCUAACUAGUUUGUAAAAAUAAUAUGCAUACCCAGGUCAUUUGCAUUUUUGCUGGUCAGAUUCAUCAGUGCUACUAUUCUGCAUAAAUAAAUUUAAGGACUUUUUUUUUAAAAGUCAGUGUUGUACAGCUUGUUCUCUUUCUCUGACUUCCAACUGUUAAGAAACAGGCUAUACCAAGAAAUUCACACAUGCAAAUCAAUGGCUAGUCCACUUGGGUCUAAUUUAAUUUUAAUAAAGCUGAAUAGACACCAUCAUUAAGACCAAGGAAUGAAGCAGAUAAGUCAGGGAGAAGGUUGUGGAGAUGUUAAAAAGAGAGCUAGCUUAAAAAACAAGAUUUCAAUUUUGAACAUCUCACUGAGCACUUUUCAAUCCCUCAUCUAAAAAUGUCAAACGUCCUGUUCACAGAGGUCACAACAGGACUUUAAACACAGUCAGAGGAUGCAAAAGACUUGAGGCUAAGUUGGAGGUUCACCUUCUAGUAGGACAAAGACCCUUAACCUACAGCCAGAGUGACAGUGAAAUGGUUUAGAUCAACAUUUAGACUUAAAUUCAGUCAGUCAGUCAGUCAGUCAUUUUCUACCGCUUAUUCCAUAGUGGGUCGCGGGGAAGCUGGUGCCUAUCUCCAGCAGUCUAUGGGCGAGAGGCAGGGUACACCCUGGACAGGUCGCCAGUCCGUCGCAGGGCAACACACAAACAACCAUGCACACACUCAUUCAUACACCUAAGGACUUAAAUUCAAUUGAGAAUUUUUAACAAGACCUCAAAAUGACUAAUUACAGAAGCUCUCCAACCACUGCUAAAGUCUAUCUAUCAAACUGGGCUUCUUAACCCUGAGGCAGUCGUUGCCACUGAACGGCACAUCUUAGCUGUGGUUAAGGACAAUGUUCACAGUUCACAUUCAUAGCUAGCAAAUUUGAUUUUAGCAUUAGCACUACUGCAAAACAAACUGAAGUUGCUGGCUUAGUUAUUUUGCAAUAAACAAUGGGGAAAGAUGUAGUGUCUAGUUGUGCAAAGCUGGAAGAGACAUACUCUAAAAGAUUUGCAGCUGUAAUUUCAGCAAAUAUGUAUCAUUUGCCACUUUGUCCUUGUCUGUCACAUUAAUUCCUCUAAAAAUACACUGGAGUUUAUGUCAUGGGAUGUGAAAAAAAUCUGCAAGUAUACAUAUACUUUCACUGAGCACUGUAAAAGCUGACAAGGAGAUGAGCUUCCUUAAUUUUCAUUCACUUAUCCCUUUUAUCUUUAUCCUGUAUAUCUUGUUUCUACUGUCAUCAUUCCUAUUUGAAGUAUAAAGAAUGUAAUAAAGGGUUAUACUGUGCCUUA